AUGGCUGCCACGAAAGUUGAUCUCAAACUGAAUUCUACUAGCUUGUUGCUCAAUCCCAUGACGCCACCCAUUUUCUUUUUGGAGAUUCGCUUCCGUUUCAAUUAUAGAAAAUUACUCAGAAACCUUGAAGGAGACUUGAUUGAGAUUGAAGCCCGCCCAGUUGGUCCAACCUCCUCCUUCCUCUUCGAGAUUCAAUCCUCUGACCUAUUUUAUGAGCAACCGUGCAAAAGCCAUCUUUAUUAUCUUUUCUCUUCCUUUAAUCUUGACGAGUCUGUCCGCGAUAUCUUAGCUUAUCGCAUUGCUUGCUUCCUCGUGUUCAGAGCCAAUCAGCAACCUUUCUUGGCACGUCAUGUGGUGGCAGACACAGAAAUUACCCGUGACUACUUGAUUCAUGGAGAUUCCGUUGAUCUGACAAUGAUAAUAGACGACGAGCCCCGAGAAGUGGUUCCCAGAGGUGCAUCGACUUCUUCACUAAACAAGUUGAAGAAACAGAGUUUUUUUGCGAAGAGGAGCGGUGAUGGCGAUGGAUUAUCGGACGACUGUGUGAUUUGCUUGGAGGGAUUAUCCGGCAGCCGGGAGGCACUCACAAAGAUGACUUGCAAUCAUAUAUUUCAUGAAAGGUGCAUCUUUGGCUGGUUGCAGGUUCAGAAUUCAUGCCCGAUUUGUCGACGGGAGCUUGAGGAUUAAAUCCUUCCAAUUUUCAGAUGCCAUUUUUAUUUUCUCCCACAGUUUUCAGUUGUAGCCAUGAAACUUCGUCAAAAUCUGUUUCAUAGUAAGGGAUAGUUUAGAAGAUUUUAUAGGAUUCAAUGUUCUGUUUUAGUAAAUUCUGCAUUUUAUAAUGUUCUUCUUUCACCUUAAACAGAGCAUGCGACAAAUUACAAUCUUAUG